UUGUCUCAACGUAAUGGUGAUCAAGAGAUUGUGAUAGCGUACUUCAGCAAGUCGUUGUCAAAGCCGGAAAGGAACUAUUGUGUCACAAGACGGGAAUUGCUUGCUGUGGUAAAGUCCUUGCAGCAUUUUAGCAAAUAUCUUCUAGGGCGGAAAUUCCACUUACGAACUGACCAUGCUGCACUGAAAUGGCUAUUGCAGUUCAAAAAUCCGGAAGGACAAGUUGCGAGAUGGAUUGAACUACUGCAGGAAUACGACUUUGUGAUCGAACAUCGCAGCGGGAAAUCUCAUGGCAAUGCAGAUGCAUUGUCAAGAAGACCUUGCCCUGAAGAUUGCAAGCAUUGUACUAGGCAAGAUGGUAAGGAAGUGGUAUCUGUGAGAAUGCUCAGGACAGACCAGCUCAGCAAUGAGUGGAAGGACGGCCUACAACAUGCACAGCAGGAAGAUUCGGACAUUAAGCCGAUUCUGGAAUGGAUGAAGGCCAGUGCUCCUAAGCCCAAGUGGAGCGACGUCUCAGCAAUGAGUUCGACCACGAAAAGCUAUUGGGCCCAAUGGGACAGCUUGCUAAUUCAGGAUGGAGUCCUGUGCCGUAAAUGGGAAAAUGGUCGGGGAGACAGGUGUCAUUUGCAAAUGGUUGUCCCUAAGGCUAAAGUGCCGGAUAUUCUACAGCUGUACCAUAAUGGUUGUUCAGGAGGCCACCUGGGAGUUAAACGAACUCUCCUGAAGUUCCGUGAACGGUUUUACUGGGUCCACUGUCGUAACGAUGUCGAGGACUGGUGCCGCAAAUGUACAAGUUGUGCGGCUGUAAAGGGACCUCAAAUUCGUAGUAGAGGCGCAUUGAAAUUGUACAAUGUUGGUGCACCAUGGGAGAGGAUAGCCAUUGACGUUGCGGGGCCGUUUCCAGAAACUGAAAGUGGUAACAAGUAUUUCAUGGUUGUGAUAGAUUACUUCACUAAGUGGCCAGAACUCAUCGCCAUUCCAAAUCAAGAAGCUUCAAUCGUUGCAGAUAAACUAGUUCAUGAAGUCUUCUGUCGUUUUGGAGUACCCUUAGAGAUUCACAGCGAUCAAGGAAGGAAUUUCGAGUCUCAAAUAUUCCAGGAAACUUGCAGAGUUAUGGGUAUUCAUAAAACACGAACAACUUCUUACCACCCACAAUCUGAUGGAAUGGUAGAACGAUUUAAUCAGACAUUGGAAAGGUACCUGGCAAAAGUUGUGGAAAAACGGCAACGAGACUGGGACAGGCACAUACAACCGUUUUUGUUGUCAUAUCGAAGCGCUGUUCACGAAAGUACAUCAGUGACGCCAGCUUUCGCAAACUUUGGGAGAGAAUUACGGCUGCCUGCAGACCUGAUCACCGGAAUACCACCUGAUGCCCCACGCAGUAUAACCGAUUAUGCAAAUGACUUGCGGAACAAAAUGAAUGACAUUUAUGAGCACGACAGACAGACGGGCCAGCAAACGUCUGAGAAGAUGAAAACACGGUAUGACCGCAAAAUGAACAACAAGGGGUUUGAUGAAGGUUCACUAGUGUGGUUACACAAUCCAGUUCGCAGCAAAGGGAAAUCUCCUAAGCUUAAAGCUAAAUGGGACGGACCGUACCGGAUUGUGACAAGGAUGAAUGAUGUAACCUACCGGAUACAGAAAGGUGCCAGAGAACACCUUUCACCGGAAACAAAACAGCUUCAUGCCGCAGCAAGAUUAUCUGCCAAAAACUUGUCAUAUAAACAUGUCUGGAUUAAAUAUGGCCGUGUAUAUAUGAGGAAAGACGAUAAUUCAACUGCCAUACAUGUUAAAAAUGCAAUCACUUUGGACACUCUAAAAUAA